UUCAGUGUUCCUAGAGUUAGUUAGCUGGACUGUCUGUAUCUCUACGAGCCUUGUAAAGCUAGGUAGCUACUGUACUGUGUCCUCAGAAGCUGGUUAAAGCAUUGAUACUCUACACAUCUGGUCUGCAGCAAGAGAAGCUGAACUCCCUGUAUAAAGAGAAGCUGUAUAUUAGGGGAAGUCCCAAUGACCUCAAUGUUCUCUCUACCAGACAGUGAUGACGACCAGUUCAUGCCCUCCUCUGGUGGGUCUGGGCUGGCCUCCAUCUUCGGACAACCCACCUCAGCCUCGGCCGGUGGGAAAGAAUCGCUCAAAUACACUGCCCCAAAACAACCGUCAAAGAAACAAAGCAAAGGAGGCUCUCAAGACGCCCCUCAGCUAUUAGUGGCAGCUGCAAUCGAGGCACAGAAACAUGUUGACGGCAAGUACGUACCUCAGGGCAAGCUGGGCUGUGCAGUGCUUGGUCAGCACUCUACCAAGGAUUACAAGCUGCUGGUGUAUGUGUCACAGAAGAAGCAUGUGUCCACAGCCAGGAUAGACUCCACCUUCUCCUACACUGUCCAAGCCAACAACUAUGCCAGUUUCUAUGACGACCAGAGACAGGCCUGGUCCUUCCUUUUCGCCUCUGAUGACGAUGCAGCAAAGAUUGCUAAGCAGGUGGCGGUAUGCAAGGCGGUCAUGGCUGGAGGUAGUCUAUCACUAAUCAAGCAAGACCUGGUCAUUGGAGAGGGUCAGUCGGUGGACAAAGGUGACUCGGUGGAUGUGAAGUACACUGGAUGGGUUCUCGAGAAUAACACUUUUGGAAAGGUGUUUGAUAGUAACGCCAGUACGGACAAAUCGUUUAAGUUCAAAGUUGGCAAAGGAAAAGUCAUCAAGGGCUGGGACGAGGGUAUGGUGGGUUUGUCCAAGGGAGGCAAGCGUCUCCUAGUGAUCCCCCCUUCUCUCGGCUAUGGAGUACAAGGAGUCGCUGGUAGAAUCCCCCCAAAUGCCACUCUUAUCUUCGAGGUGGAUCUGAGGAAGGUCAAAUUUACCAAAGAAAAGGAGGCAGAGUUUCAGCAACCACUCCCUCUUGCCGAGACUCCACCCACUCCAGAGACAAAGCCACGUAGCUCUAGCAUCCGCGAUCGAACCCAGACAAUCGAGGACAAAAUGUCCGCCUCAAUGGAUGAGAGCGACAGCAGUCAGAGGAGUCAGAUCCUCUCUCGAAUAUCCAAGAUGGGACAGCCGAUGAUGAUCGUAGCCAAUCAGCCGGGUGGCAGAGUAGACGAUGACCUGGGGUCUUCUGCGAGUGGAGAGUUGCCGCAACAGCAGCAACAACAACAGACCAACCCUGUACAGCAGAACUACCAACAGGGAAAUCCCCAGGGCUUUCAAGGGGGAAUGCCCCAACAGCAAAUGCCUGGCAGUAUGGGCAAUCCAAUGAUGUCACAACCGAUGAUGUCACAGCAACAGCCUAUGAUGUCACAGCCAAUGAUGUCACAUCAGCAGCAGCCUAUGAUGUCAUCAAUGAUGUCACAGCCGAUGGGAGGUGGACCAAUGGGCCAACAGCUCUCCCUGUACCAGUCGCCACAGCAACGACUAAUGGCCCAACAACAACAGACACCUUACGGCCAACAGCCGUACCAGCAACAGAAUCCUUACAUGCCGAACCCGAUGAUGGGUGGUUACGGGCAACCCCCACCCCCUCCCGCCCCCACACCUCCCGCUCCCACACCCUCCCCACACUCGGACACAGCUGCUAGCACCACCCUCCUCAGCGAGACGAGACGAGAACAGACGGAGGUCCGACUGGAAGUGGGCAAACUGAGCAGCAAGAUGGAGGAAAUCUCUGGCAAGUUGGACAAGAUACGUGAGGAAGUGAGUGGUGGUGGUGGUGGUGGGACCGUUGCCAUUAGAGACAGGACCACGCCCAAUAUGGAGGCAACUGUGCUACUGCAUAACUUCCAACGGAUGAUACAGGAGAACGAGCAUCUGAAGAAGGACGUGUUUGAGAAGAGUGCACGCAUUGAGACACAGAACAUGAAGAUAGCAGAGCUGCUUGAGAGGAACCAGAGGUUUGUUGAACAGAGCAACUCCAUGCUUGAGCAAAGGAACGAUGCCUUCAAGUCCACCACAGCCUCAUCACAAUCUAGAGUGUUGGUUCUCGAACAAGAGAAGGUUUCUAUGUCAACAGAGUUGAGCUCGGCAACGGCACAGCUGAGCGCACUCCAAAUGGAGCUCACCAGCUCUCGUCAGUCUGAGAGUGAACUCAAGGGUCAACUGGCCACGGCAGUGACAGAGUCUCACAGGAACGCACAAGAGUGGACCAUCGCUAAGCAGCAGUACGAAGAGGUGAGUGCUCGUCUGUCCACGGUGAGCUUAGAGCUGAAGGAGGAGAAGAUAUCAGCCAAGAGAUACAAGACUGACCUGACAGCUGCUCAAGAUGAGCUCUCUGAGGUCAAGGGAGAGAGGGAGUCACUGGAGAAGGCUAUGUCCGAUCGUAAGAAGAAGCUGUCCUCACUGAAGCAGCAACAUGAGAGUGAGAUGGAGGACCUCAAGAUGACCCACGAGGGAGAGCUCACUAAGCUCAAGGAUAAACUGCGCAGGGAGAAGCAGUCCGCCAACUCAGCUGUUUCUGAACAGGUGGCACAGGUGGAGCGUGACCUAGAGGAGCAGUGGCGUGUCAAGAGUGAGCGUAUGGUGAGUCAAGCGGAGGAUCGCUGGAGGAGGAAGCACUCUGACCUGCAGGACGAGUACAAGCAGCUGGAGGCCCAGCUGGCAGAGGCCACUGCCAAGAUUGAGACGCUGAAGAGAUCUGAUGCCAGUGCUCAGUUGAGGGAGGCCAGAGAUCAACUGUCUAGCAGUCAGGAGGUAGGCUCUCGUAUGGAGGUGGAGCUUGGUGCCGCCCAUACCAGGGAGGAGGGGCUUAAGAAACAGCUGGUGGAGAUAGAACGUGAGGCACGGGAGAAAAUGAGUCAACUGGAACAGCGAAUGUCCUCUGCUCGAGAUGAGGGCUACCUCCGAGGAAAGGAGGCGGGGCGUGCCGAGGCUUCACCCACUUCUGGUGGACAGGGUGGUGAGGACGUGGGUACAAGGAUCAAGGCCAUUAUGAACCAAUCAUAUCAGACACUAGCUGGGAAGUUCAAGAGCAAAGAAUCGUUUGAGUCCAAGGAGAUACUCGCCAUACUGGUGAACGUCAUCAAGGAGAUCACACUGAAGGCCCUCUCUGGUGCCAGCACACCACUCAAGAGUGGAGCAGCAGCUGCCGAGUCGUCAGGUGAUGAGGAGACAGAGGAAGAGGAGAGUGACGAGGAGGAGAGUGGGGAUGAGGGGGAGGGGGAAUCCCCUGAACAGUCAGAGCCAGAAGAAGAACCUGUUGUGGAGGAACCUGAAGCCACGCCCCCUGUACAGCGUGAGGCCACACCCCCUCCAGUCGAGAGUGAACAAAACAUUGACCUGAUUGAGGAGAGACAGCCUGAAGGAGAAGACUCUCGAGCCCCUCCCCCUAUGACGAUGGUCCCGCCCCCUUUAAGCAUGUCCCCCCCUCCCCCUCCAGAGGACAGUGACAGUGUGGACGGUGAUGAUGGGCAGAGCAGUGACGAGUGGGAGAGUGGGUCCGAGGAUGAUGAAGCUCUCACAGGUAUGCGUGAGCAACCCACUGGUGAAGAUCAGCCUCGGGAACCUCCUGUUGGUCAGGACAACCCAGCCAACCCCCCUCAUCCUAGCACACCCCCUCCGGACAAACCUGUAUCACCUAUAGUCGAGACUACCCCUCCUCCUGUGAACACGCCUCCUCCAGAAGAAACUACACCCAAUAGGGACGAGGCCACACCUAUUGCCAACCAUGCCACACCCAUUAAUGAACAAGCCACACCCACUAAUCCAACACCACCCCCUCCCGAAAACGAACCAACUGUUGUGGAGGCUGCCAGUGAUGAACAACCGAAUGUGGCGUUGGAGUAUAAGGCCACCACCCCUCCACCGAUGCCAUCUGACGACGAACCUGAAGACACGCCCCCCAAGGCUCCCGAAGGAGGAGGUGGUCUGUUUGGCUCUGAUGACGAGGGAGAGGAUGACAUGUUCUUCACCCCCAAGGCAGCUGUCACGCCCUCUACACCCUCCCCCAAGAUUGGGGCUAAGGAGAUGAGUCAAGCAGAGAAAGCUGCUCUGAGUUCUGCUGUGUUUGGAGAGAAGAGAGGCUUCGAUUUGGGCAGUGACGAGAACAACCUGUUUGUGUCUCCGGGAGCCAAGGAUGCCACCGAGAGCAAGCCCCCUAAGAUACAAGACCCAUUGUUUGGUGAUGAUGAUGAUGACCUGGACUGGCUGAGUUAGGAACUGUGCAGCCUACUUUAGGAGUUUGUCUUAUGUGUAGUCUGAACUAAGAGUGUGUGUGUGUGUCACUGAGUGUGUUGAUUUCUACUGAAUGUUUUUCUUAGCAUUAAUUAUGACAUUGUUCUUGUUAUUACUUUUUUGUGGAUUAACAUUUUUGCGUUAAAUUAUAAUAUUGUCAAUAA